GAAUUACCCCUUGCACCAAAACAACGCUUGUGAGAAAAAUUUUCACCUUUGCGUGUAUUUUGUGAAUUUUUCACGGGUUUUCCCCAAUUUUUUGCACUUCCAGUCAUCCCUUUGGGAACCAAGAAGCCCUCAAGAUGACAAUCGGAAAGAAUAAUAAGAUGAUCCAGCACCUGAACUAUCGUGUCAGGAUAAUUCUGCAGGAUUCUCGGACUUUUAUUGGCACAUUCAAGGCCUUUGAUAAGCACAUGAAUCUCAUCUUGGGAGAUUGUGAAGAGUUCCGGAAGAUUAGGCCGAAGAAUAGCAAACUCCCGGAGAAGGAGGAAAAGCGUGUGCUCGGCUUUGUUCUUCUGCGUGGGGAGAAUAUUGUUUCGUUGACAGUUGAGGGACCACCACCCCCGGAGGAGGGUCUUCCACGCGUUCCCAUUCCCGGAGCUGCUCCAGGGCCAGGUGUAGGGCGUGCUGCGGGUCGUGGGAUGCCGGCAAGUGUUGCAGCUGUGCCAGCGGGACUUCAGGGGCCUGUAAGGGGUGUUGGGGGCCCAUCGCAGCAACAUAUGGCUCCAGCAGCGCGUGGACAAGUUGCUGCUCCUCCACUGAGACACAUGAUGGCCGGACCUCCGCCAGGACUCAUGCCAGGAAUGCCACCAAUGUCUGGGAAUAUGGGACGUGGUGCCCCCAUUCGUGGCCCCCCACCAGGUAUGAUGCGUGGGGCUCCAGCGCCACCAAGAGGUCAGGGAGGGAAUUAUUAAAAUAAGGAUUUGAAUAAAUAAAUAAAAUGCUAAUUUGCAAGCAAAA